CAAACCACCACCACAAAGCGCGCCGCCCAUCACACAAGUUCAGGGCAUUGUAAAAGAAGGAAUGGCUGCAUUCCUUAUGUGUCAUGGGCUGUUGGUAGUUGAUGUGUUCCAUAGAUUCAGUGACAACGCCCUCUGCCCGAUGUGGACUAGUAUGCACCUAGGAUCAAUACCAGCACUACACCUCAAGGACAUCGAUGUGCUUAAUCAUGCUCAGAUGAAUUCGGUGCUUACGAAUGAAUUUCGGCCUUAAAAAAGAGCUUCAACUUGAAGGUUGACCGCAGCACUUCAAACCACACGUCUCAGUACUCCACUGAUGCUGCCGCUUGUUCUGUACGAUGCUAUGUUCAUUUUGAGUUACAAAGAUAUUCCAUUCGUGACCAUCUGGGUCGAAUAUUCAGAUAUCCAUAUCGCUAUGAAGUCCAUCGGUGCAAAGCCGAUCAAACGCCGAGAUGGCUCGGAGGUCUGCACCGUCCCCACAUAUCCCGAGAAGCCAAUUUUCCCAAACAAUUCAGAACCUCUGAUACGCGCGUUUGACUCUGCCCAUCUGAGCCUGAUUUUUCCUGGCUUUAAGUCCCUGUUCCUACGCACCAUGGAAGCAUUGGGUCCCGCCAGCGCCAACUUCUUCAUCGGAGUUCGUUCGGCGGACGUCCCAUUACCCUGGGAUGAGAACUUUGAUGCAGACUGGAAGCUACUAGAGAAGGCGUACAAUACCGCGUACGAAUGGUACCAGAUGACUGACGGGAAGUGGAUCAUGGGCGACACUUUUUCGUAUGCAGAUAUCAUUAUUGGUUGUUGGUUGCUGUGGCAUAAACGAGUGCUGAAGGAAGAUGAGUGGGCCAGGAUCAGCUCUUGGAAUGGGGGGAAAUGGGCCCAAGUCCUUGAAGAUGUCGAGAAGGAGUGUAAAUUAGCUUAGAACACU